AUGUUCGGUUUAAGUCUCUUAUUUUCAAGAAGGAGUCCAUGUUCAAUUAUAGUACAGAUUCGUACCUCGACCAAAAGAGCUUCCGGUUCAAGAACCUCUAUGAAGGACUCAGCAGGACGAAGAUUGGGGCCAAAGAAAUAUGAAGGUCAGUCAGUGAAACCUGGCGAAAUUAUUAUGAGGCAGCGUGGAACAAAAUUCUAUCCUGGUGAGCAUGUUGGCAUUGGGAAAGAUCACACAAUCUAUGCCUUAGAACCAGGUAUUGUAAGAUACUAUUUAGAUCCCUUCCAUCCUAAAAGGAAAUUUAUUGGUGUUGCAUUAGGUAGGGGCAAGCUUUUACCUACCCCCCACUUUGCUCCAAGAUCAAGAAGAUUUGGCCAUGUGUUAUUGGAUAAUAAGAAGGCAGCCAUUAAAGAAGAGGAGGCACUCCCCAGAAAGUUAUAUAUGGUGAAAGACUCUAUCUGUCAGGAGCAGAAAUUGCGUGAAGAAAAGAGGAAAGAAAGAGCACAAAAGUACAGCAAAUUUAUAACUGAGGAGCUUGAGUUAAAUGUUCCCCGUCUGGACUCUGGCCUAGAUUAUCUUCUUCGAUUAAGGUCAUGUCUCCGAAAUGGCUUCAAUUUAGAGGAUGCGCAGUGCUAUUCAGAAAAGUUUGUGAAGAAACAAAUAGAGCUAAAGGCAAGUAGAGAGCAAUGGGAUGCAAAAGUUAAAGAUGAUUUACUGGAGAAGGUAAAUAAUACUGUAGAGAUACUGAACAAAUCAAUUUCAUUUGACAAUAAGUUCAGAAUAAUUAGAUUUAUUAGUGCUGAGGAGAAAUCCACCCUAAAAGUACGGUUAAUUGAGAAUCUCAAGGAACUAGUAUCACAAAACAAGCUACCAAAAAUUGUUGAUCUAUUUAACGAUGCUUCUCAUUUUUUGUCACUCUCUGAAGAGGUUCGUCUUCGUAGAAUGUUCUUGAAACCACUUCAAACCGGGACUUUAAAGAUUGAAGGUUUCAGCCCUUCUUCAAGAGGUUCGAGAGCUCGUUAUAAUUAUGAUACAAAUAAAAUUGAAGCGUUUUAA